CCCUGGGGAAUAAUCUACGCAGUCAUCCUCUCGGAGAGACUGGUGCCAGAGUGUAGGACUCUGCGUGGCGGCCAGAUAUUGAACACUCUCUCUUUCCUGGUUUUUCUGACGACUUUAAUAGUUCCGGGAUUUGUACAACUUAACACUAGCAUAGUCCAAAAAGAAAUCAGCGAACCCAUGAGACAAUGAGAACUAUUAGAACAAAAUCCAAAGACUGAAAAUACAGAAGAUAGUAUGAGAUAUCUGAUAGAAAAAACCAUUGACAAGGACAGUUAGAUAACUCAGUGGAGUAAAAGCCAGGUCUAGAGACUGGACAGCCUAGAUCAAAUCUGGCCUUAGGUGACAUAUGUUCUAGCUGGGUGAUCUUGGGCAAGUCACUUAACCCUCAUUCCCUACCCGUACUGCUCUUCUGCCUUGGAACCAAAAUGGUAUUGAUCCGAAAAUGGAAGGUAAAGGUUAAAAAAAAUGGACUUGGAAGCCAGGUCAAGGAGGGAUAAUUUAUGAAUGAUUGGACUCUCUGAUUAAAAGAAAGAAUGACUACUCUAGCUCAACAAAUCGUACAGAAAAGCUGUCCAGAUCCGCUGGAGACAGAAGGCACAGUGAAGAUCAGAAAGAAUCCACAGGAUGCUUCUGGCAAGGAACGCCUAAAGGAAUAUUGCCAGGAAUGUCGUAGCCCCAAUGCAGAGCUCCCACAUCGAAGAAGAAAUCCACGUACGGGCUGUAGAGAGAAGCGGUCCAAGUACCCCGGAGUCACGGACCCCAGAACACCUGUAAGUGACCACUCAGCCUAGACUAGUCCAAAAGCCAUCUAAGCCUUUAUGCAGAAUCACGGCCUGCAACAAGAAGAAUCGUCCUGGGGAGGCAGGUGGACAGUUGGAUCUCGAAGGUGAAGUAGUCCAAAAAGGGGAAGAAAGUAAAAUGGCAAUAGAUAAACCAGGUAAAAAACCCUGACAGCAGUGCUUUAGGGAACAGACUUGGCGUCCCUCCCCCAGGAAGUCGAGCUGUUGGGGCAGACAGCAGACCAGUCUCCACCUAGCUUGGGGGUGAGAAUUAGAAAGGGCAAGAAGAGGAAGCAAUUUGAGGACUCUCAAAGAGGUCAGGAUGGACCACAUGGCCAGCCAAGUGACUUAAUGGCUGCGAAAGUAAAUCGCCCUAAAUAACAGCCCCACAUAAAUCUGAGGACCCCACGUUCCUGUGUCGGUGAUAAGGGUUUGUUUGAUUAAGAACCUGUAUGUAAACCACGUAUCUUGUAACCCUACAGAAGCUGUUCCAAAACGUUAGAUCGAAGCAGCUUCCACCAGGGAAGGCUGUCGCGGGGGAAGAUUCUUUGUUCUUUUAUCAAUAAAUCGCGGCUCCAUCGUGAAUUCUGGGCGUUUGAACUCACGUUGUGAAGUGCACCACUUCAGAGAACAACAGGGCACGGGCCAACAUUCCACUCAAAAGAGCCGAGCUGAGGAGGAGCUUUAAAACGCCCCCCAAAGGCCAGAGCUGAGAGAAGCUGGGGCACACUGAGCCGCUGGAAGGGGCUUUGUAAGGUCAACGGUGUUCGGUCGACUACAGAAUCCCUGGAUAGUCCUGAGGAAGCUAAAUCAGAGAAAGGGAUGAGCUCUGCGGGCUCCAGAGGGCAGCCAGCAGAGGACGAAGGGCAGGAGGACGGGGUGGGAUUUUACUGGUCAUUCCCGGAGAAUGAGGAAGCACAGGGGGCAGGAUGGUUUGAUACAAAAGUACCCCAGACUCAAUAGGGAAGCGAGUGGGGAUAAAGGAGGAACAAACUGAUCCUAAAGAGGGCAAAACUAGGAAAAGGAAAGGAUGCGGGUCUACAGCUGGGCCUGUGGGCUGGGGAAUUACUGAGUAGAAUGGAAUGUCCCUGGGCCAUGCGCAAACAGGAGGGGACAGGCUGCUGGGAGACAGGCCAGGAAGAAGAGCCUCGGCCCCUCAGGACGGCCCUCCGAGGAUGCUCAGCUCCGCUGUGCAUACCUUGUUACAUUUCUCCUUCUGUUCACUGGAAGGUGGGCUUGAAGGGAAAAGGAGUAGCCAAAGGGAGGCCACAGAAGAGCCAUAAAACCCUUGAAAGGCGCCCAAGGAAAGAGAAGAAGCGCAGAGAAGCAGGCCUGAGCGCGGGGGCCCAGAAUCGCUCCUUCCAAAUGCCAAGUUUGGGCCGGCGUGCUUUGCCGCAGGUGCUGUGUUCAACAUUUUUGGAGUCAGCUGGAAUGGCCUGCAAAAUGACUUUCUGAGCCCCGACUCCUUCCUGACAAAAUGGCGGCUAUUCUGUUUCCCAACUUGUUCUCCAGCAUUCAUCUGAAGUCUCUCUUGGCUCUUUUCCCACACCAAAUCGAUUCCGGUGACCGUGAAGAUAAGAAAACUACGUGCUGCCGCCUUUUGUCCUUGCCAUUACUGGGCGGACCCAGGGCUAGGCAGUGGAGGUUAAGUGACUUGCCCAGGGUCACCCUGCCAGGAAGGAGCUGAGGCCACGCUAGAAUCCAGCACCUCCUGUCUGUCUGGCUGGCUCUCUUCCCAGCUGCCCCUGGGAACAGUUCAGGGAACAACAAGGGGUCCACAGUAGGGCCCCCCCCCCCCCCCACGGGGCUGGUACUUCGUUCCUUACCCUAGAAAACAGGCAAAAGGAUUAAUGAGUCACUUCCAGGGCUGUGCAGACUGGGAAAGCCGCCCCCCCCCCUGCGGGUCCUGAGUUCCAAUUGUGCCCUCUGUGGAUUGUUCCUCCUUUCUCCUGCACGCACAUCAGUAGUGAAGAGGUGCUGGGAUGAGGCCGCCCGGGGGGCCACAGGCCUCCUCCUGAUGCGCAGAGGCGUUCCCUGGGGGGGGGGGGGGGGGGGAGAAAGGCCCCGGGGACUGACUGGCUCCACAGUGCUGGGCGCCCAGGAUCCAGGACGACGCUGGGAGGCUCGUUCCGGGGCGGCGUCUCCGCCCCCCCCCCCCCCCACGGGCCCCACGUUCCCUCUCUCCCCGGGAGGAACGCACGGGCCCGGCAGGAAGGCGCCCAGAGCCGGGGAGGGAGAGAGCCCCGCGAGCCGCUCUUUGGCAAUGGAGCCCAGUGGCCAGGAGGCCGAGCCAGCGGAAGGAGCUCACUGCCUUUCCUCUAGCUUCUCCCGCUCCGCCCCUCCCCCACGGCUCCCAGCCAGGGCCGCUCCCCGGACUUCUGCAGAGGCUCCUCUGGUCGGGGCCAGCCGGUGCUUAAACCUUCCUGGGCGGCGCUCGCGCUCCCAACUUGCACUGCGCGGCUCGGGGACUGCCUCCGCCUCGGAGGUCCGAGGAGACGUCGGGGACGGAGCCGGAGCUGGCCGGGAUGUGGGGGUCGGCUCUCCCGCCAUCCUCCGGGCCACGGAGCCCGCCAAGCCUCGCCUCGGCUAGGGCCGCCGCGCCGCCUUCCCCCUGCUCUUUGCUGACCCCUGGUGGGGCCUGCGGCAGCUGCACUACGGAGAGCGGGGACUCGGGCGUCCUUCCGUACAACAAGAUGGCCGCCCCCGUCCGAGGGGGCCGCCACCAGGAGGAGGAGGGAAGGGGAAGCAGGGAGCGGCCGCCGUAAAGGAAGGCGGCUCUUCCCUUCCUUCCCCUUCCCCUCCCCCGCCCCGCACGGCUGUCGCAAACCGGUGAAUGGAAAGGGAGUUGGGGAGCGGGGGAGGGAGGGAAGGACUUAGGGCCCGGCGCGUAGGAGCGGCGCCCCGAGGAGCUUCAGGUGGGGGCGGCCGGGCCGAGAGUCGGCAACUGGGCCUCAGGCAGGCGGGACGGAGGGGAGGGGAGGCCGGAGGUUAUUGAGCCGAGGCCGCCGGCACCUCCGCUGCGCAGGCGAAGAUGGACCCCAACCGGAUCAUCCAGGCGCUGAAAGGCACCAUCGAUCCCAAGCUGCGCAUCGCAGCCGAGAAUGAGCUCAACCAGUCCUACAAGAUUAUCAAUUUUGCUCCCAGCCUGCUUCAGAUCAUCGUCUCGGACCAAGUGGAGUUCCCGGUGCGUCAGGCAGCUGCCAUCUACCUGAAGAACAUGGUGACGCAGUACUGGCCGGACCGCGAGCCCCCGCCCGGAGAGGCCGUGUUCCCCUUCAACAUCCACGAGAACGACCGCCAGCAGAUCCGGGAUCACAUCGUGGAAGGCAUCAUCCGCUCUCCAGACCUCGUGAGGGUGCAGCUGACCAUGUGUCUGCGGGCCAUCAUCAAGCACGACUUCCCGGGCCACUGGACGGCCGUGGUGGACAAGAUCGGCUACUACCUGCAGUCCCCGAGCAGCGGCAGCUGGCUGGGCAGCCUGCUCUGCCUCUACCAGCUCGUCAAGACCUACGAGUACAAGAAGGCGGAGGAGAGGGAGCCCCUGAUGGCCGCCAUGCACGUGUUCCUGCCGCGCGUGCAGCAGCAGAUGGUCCAGCUGCUGCCCGACCCCUCGCACUACUCGGUGCUGCUCCAGAAGCAGAUCCUCAAGAUCUUCUACGCUCUGGUGCAGUACGCGCUGCCGCUGCAGCUGGUGAACAGCCAGACCAUGAUGCACUGGAUGGAGAUCUUCCGCACCAUCAUCGACCGGCUCGUGCCCCCCGAGACUCUGCAGAUCGACGAAGAUGACCGACCCGAGCUGGUGUGGUGGAAGUGUAAGAAGUGGGCGCUGCACAUCGUGGCUCGCCUCUUCGAACGAUAUGGAAGCCCAGGAAACGUCACCAAGGAAUACUUUGAAUUUUCAGAAUUCUUUUUGAAAACGUAUGCAGUUGGCAUCCAACAGGUACUUCUCAAAAUUAUAAACCAGUAUCGGCAGAAAGAGUACGUCGCUCCACGCGUCCUCCAGCAGACGCUGAACUAUCUCAACCAGGGGGUCGUGCAUUCCAUAACCUGGAAGCAGAUGAAGCCACACAUACAGAACAUAUGCGAAGACGUGAUCUUCACGGUGAUGUGCUACAAAGACGAGGACGAGGAGCUGUGGCAGGAGGACCCGUACGAAUACAUCCGCAUGAAGUUCGACGUUUUUGAAGAUUACGCGUCUCCAACCACAGCGGCGCAGAACCUGCUCUACACUGCCGCAAAGAAAAGAAAAGAGGUGUUGCCCAAAAUGAUGUCGUUUUGUUACCAAAUCCUCACAGAGCCGAACUUUGACCCCAGGAAGAAGGAUGGAGCGUUGCACGUGAUAGGCUCCUUGGCCGAUAUUUUACUGAAGAAGAGUGUGUUCAAGGACCAAAUGGAAUUAAUGCUGCAGAACCAUGUGUUUCCCCUGUUUUUGUCUAGCCUGGGAUACCUCCGAGCAAGAUCCUGUUGGGUUCUUCAUUCAUUCAGCACUUUGAAAUUCCAUAAUGAGCUCAACCUAAGAAAUGCAGUUGAACUAACAAAAAAGAGCCUAAUUGAAGACAAGGAAAUGCCUGUCAAAGUGGAGGCUGCAAUAGCUCUUCAGUCAUUAAUUUGUAAUCAGGAACAAGCCAAAGAGUAUGUGAAGGCGCACGUGAGGCCUGUUAUGCAGGAGCUCUUGCACAUUGUCAGAGAGACCGAGAACGACGACGUCACGAACGUCAUCCAGAAGAUGAUCUGUGAGUACAGCCAGGAGGUGGCCACUUUCGCUGUGGACAUGACUCAGCACUUGGCUGAGAUAUUUGGCAAAGUUCUUCACAGUGACGAGUAUGAAGAAGUGGAGGACAAAACUGUGAUGGCCAUGGGGAUUUUGCACACCAUUGAUACUAUUUUGACGGUUGUGGAAGAUCACAAAGAGAUAACUCAGCAGCUGGAGAGCAUUUGUCUGCGGAUCAUCGGCCUCGUCCUGCAGAAGCACGUGAUAGAAUUUUAUGAAGAAAUUCUCUCGUUGGCCUAUAGUUUGACUUGCCAGAUGAUUUCGCCUCAGAUGUGGCAGCUGUUGGGCAUAUUGUUUGAAGUCUUUCAGCAGGAUUGCUUCGAAUACUUUGCAGACAUGAUGCCCCUCCUGCAUAAUUAUGUCACUAUAGAUACGGCUACUUUACUCUCCAACCCUAAGCACUUGGAGAUCAUUUACACCAUGUGCAGAAAGGUACUGACUGGCGAUGCAGGAGAAGAUGCCGAGUGUCACGCGGCCAAACUCCUAGAAGUGAUUGUUCUUCAGUGCCGAGGAAGAGGAAUCGAUCAGUGUAUUCCGCUGUUUGUGGAAGUCGUGUUGGAAAGGCUGACGCGAGGGGUGAAAACCAGCGAGCUGCGCACGAUGUGUCUGCAGGUCGCGAUUGCUGCCUUGUACUACAACCCCGAUCUGCUCCUGCACACCCUGGAGCGCCUUCACUUCCCCCACAACCCCGGGCCCAUCACGGCGCAGUUCAUCAAUCAGUGGAUGAACGACACCGACUGCUUCCUGGGGCACCAUGACCGCAAGAUGUGUAUCAUCGGCCUGAGCAUCCUCCUGGACUUACAGAGCCGACCGCCUGCCGUCGAUGCCGUGGCUGGACAGAUCGUUCCUUCGAUCCUUUUCCUUUUCUUGGGCCUCAAACAAGUCUGUUCCACUAGACAACUUCCAGGCCAAGAAGAUCGUUCUAAGGAGGAAAAGGCCGAGGCAGAAGUCAAUGAGGAAAUCCCAAGCGACGAGGAAGACACGAACGAGGCCAGGCAAGCGCUGCACGAGCGCGGUGGCGGGGAAGACGAGGAGGAGGACGACGACGACUGGGACGAGGAAGUCUUAGAGGAGACGGCUCUGGAGGGCUUCAGCACCCCCCUGGAUCUGGACGACGGCGUGGAUGAAUAUCAGUUCUUUACGCAGGCGCUCCUCAGUGUGCAGCGACGGGACGCCGCCUGGUACCACCUGUUGACGGCGGCGCUCAGCGAGGAGCAGAAGAAGGCGCUCCAGGAGAUCUACACGCUGGCAGAACACCGCCGGAGUGCCCCAGAGACAAAGAAGAGUGAGCCCCCAGGAGCUUUUCCGUUCAACAGUAAAGGCCUCUUGCCGGCGUUCAGCUUUGGGACUGUGCCCAGCAACAACUGAAGGCGGCAACGCCCACACGGAGCAGUGGCUGCUGACUGGAGGAGGAAGGGGAGAAGUGAGGGGAGCGCUCCCUGUUAAGUGGGUCGCUCGACCACUUUCCUUAAGCAGCACACUGAGCUCCUCCCUGCUCCUUGCGUUCCAUACAGCCACGGUCGUGUCUGAAAUUCUCAGAAAGAAAAAGGUUGGACUUCAGAGCAAACCGCGUCCUCCAAAGGUGGCUUAGGUUGAGCCCAAUUGCACUUCUCAGGUCUUUGCCAUGUAUAAUUGGUGGAUUUAUAUGUGGAUAACAGUGCCUUCUGGUGUACAUGGAUUGCCUGCAAACAGAAUGGAGUGCAUUGCCGUUUUUAAGCAUAUCCUCUUCACACUUGGUUCUCUGUUUUCCCGUCUACGUUUUGCUACAUGAAUUGAUUGUUUGGUAUUCCGUUCUGAUUCCCUCUGCUCUCAGAAACGUCCAUGCUGCCCUCCUCAGAAAUUGCUCUGGGGAGUUUCUGCAGGAGUUGGAAAGCAUGCACGGCACUGAUAAAGUUUCCUUUGUGAACAA